GCUUCAUUCAGUGUCAAGUUAUUGUUAUAGUUCUCUAACAUUAAACAAAACAGUGAAAAUAAUUUAAAACAUGCUUAAAGAUGGAGUUAUAUGUUUACCAAAUGAAAAUCAAUUGGCACGAAUUAAAGAGGAAUUGGGUGAAACUACCGAAAGACUCAAAAAUCGCGUUCAAUUAAUUAACGAAUGGUUAAAACAUCAAAAUCAUUUACCGAACGAAAUCGAUGAAAAAUUACUUGAAAACUUUAUCCGUUUAUGCAAAUUCGACGUCGGAAAAAUUAAGAAAAAAUUAGACCUUUAUUUUAUUUCCAGAGAAAAGUUUAAAUUGUUUUACGAAAACCGCGAACUGACUCAAGAGUAUUUACAAAAAAUUUAUAUUUCAAAAUUUUUGUGUUAUUUACCAAAUUUAACGGAAAAGGGUUACAGAGUGUUUAUAACUCAACCAGAAGAUGUCGACGAUUUAAAUUUCAAUUCAGUCCUAAAAUACGGAACGAUUCUAUUCGACUAUUUAUUACACGAAGAUUUAAGUUCCGGUGUUAUAGCAAUCCACGAUCUUAAAAACGUAACCGCUUCUUUAAUGACUAAAGUAGAUUUAGUUUCUGUGCGUAAUUAUAUUAAAAUGUACUUCGAUGUGUUACCAUUUCGGAUAAGAAAUGUACACAUUUUAAAUGCACACCCAGUAGUUACACCAUUUAUAGUCAUUUUAAAAGCGAUUUUAUCGCCAAAGUUAAAAGAGAGACUUAUGAUCCAUAAGAAUAUUGACGAUUUGUACAAGGAGGUCCCCAAAGAUCUUCUUCCUCGUGAUAUUGGAGGAACAAAUAGGACAAUGGAGGAAUUAUCGGCGAAUUGGGAAAUAUUAACCACCGAAAACUCAACGUUUAAAUCAAAAUUGGAUGCAAUUAAACUGUAUGGGCCUGUACCAAAUCGAGAGGAUUAUUUUAAAAGCGAAUAUGGUGUUGAUGGUAGCUUUCGACGAUUAGCAAUAGAUUGAAUUUAGAACUGUAGUAUUAAAUAUUUAUUGAUGAUUUAAAAAAUGCCGAUUUAUUGCGAUAUCCAUACAUACUGUUCACAGGGAAGUUAAAAUCUUGUAAUACUAAAAAAUGAUGUUAACAAAAAUGGUUUAUAAUGCAAUUCUAAUCAAAUAUUGUAUACAACAAA